AAAAAGUGUUUCCAGGAAGCAACUCGAGGCAAGGACACUCAACCAAAAUCAUCGUACGACUGAUUAAUUUCGAAAAAACUGCUAUGUGUUCUAGUUAGUGGCGGGACUGAUAUGCAGUGUGCGUUGAUACUGAGCGCAUUGAUACUGCAAUCAUGGACUCUGGACCUAAUCUACCUUCAUGAUGGAUCUCCACUAUUUGGCGAAGAAGUCGUCUCUCCUCAUGGAAAACAAUUAACGCAAUUUCUUGGCAUACCGUUCGCCGAACCACCAAUCGGAAAUUUACGGUUUCGAAAACCCAAACCCAAGUCACCAUGGCGAACGCCGUUGAACGCAACAAUCUUACCCAACUCGUGCAUUCAGAGUAACGACACCUAUUUCGGUGAGUUUUAUGGGUCAACGAUGUGGAAUGCAAACACACCUACUUCCGAGGAUUGUCUUUACUUGAAUAUUUAUAUCCCUGGAAAGGUAGAUGCAUCCAAGAGACUAGCUGUAAUGGUGUGGGUAUACGGUGGUGGAUUCUGGUCCGGUACAUCGACGUUAGAUGUCUAUGAUGGCAGAAUUCUGGCAGUAGAGGAAAAUGUCAUUCUUGUGUCUAUGAAUUAUCGUGUUUCAAUGUUAGGAUUUUUGUACUUGGGAAGGCCCGAAGCUCCGGGAAAUAUGGGCCUUUGGGACCAGCAAGUAGCUCUGAAAUGGGUUCAUAAAAACAUCGAUGUCUUUGGAGGCGAUCCAGGAAAAAUCACCUUAUUUGGGGAAUCCGCAGGUGCAGCUUCAGUGAACAUGCAUAUGCUAAGCGCACGAAGUACUCCUUAUUUCCAGAGAGCAAUUCUACAAUCUGGAGCAGCUACCGCUCCUUGGGCAAUUGAACCAAGGGACGUAGCUCUUGCGCGUACUGUGGUGAUCUAUAACGCUAUGAAAUGCGGUAAUAUGAGUCUUCAAAAUCCUGAUUAUGACAAGAUUCUUUACUGUCUGCAGAGAGCAGAUGCAGAUCUUCUAAGGGAAAAUGAAUGGGCUCCUGUUCGGGAAUUUGCCGAUUUCCCUUGGGUUCCAGUGGUGGACGGAGAUUUUCUUGUUGAAAGUGCUCAGACUUCACUGAGACAAGGCAAUUUCAAGCAUACUCAAUUGUUAGCUGGGAGCAACAUGGACGAAAGCAUCUAUUUUAUUGUAUAUCAACUUCCUAACAUCUUCCCAGUGCAAGAUUUCUUCACUAAGAAUGAUUUCGUACCUGAUAGGCAUACAUGGUUGAAAGCAAUAUCUGAUCUUUUACCACGGCAAAUGAUCAAGAGCCAACUUGCAUUGGCAGCAAUUUUGCAUGAAUACGAACCAGCAAAUUUGCCAGUAAAAGCUCAUGAUUGGCUCGAUUCUAUGGAGAAAAUGCUCGGAGACUAUCACUUCACUUGUAAUGUAAAUGAAAUGGCCCUUGCUCACACCAAACAUGGUGGUGAUACUUAUUACUACUACUUCACGCAUAGGGCAUCAGCGCAGACAUGGCCUCGAUGGAUGGGCACUGUGCAUGGUUAUGAAAUUAAUUUUGUUUUUGGUGAGCCGUAUAACAAGAGAUUCAAUUAUACUACAGAAGAGCAGGAAUUGAGUAGUAGAUUCAUGAGAUAUUGGGCCAAUUUCGCUCGAACUGGAGAUCCCAAUAAAAAUGAGGAUGGUACCUAUACGCCAGACGUUUGGCCGAAAUACAAUGCGCAGUCUAUGGAGUACAUGAAUUUGACGGUGGAAUCUGCAUAUCCGAGUAGUAGAAGAACUGGUCAUGGACCGCGACGGAAAAAUUGCGCAUUCUGGAAAGCUUACUUGCCAAAUCUCAUGGCAGCAGUGGGUCAGUUUUUUGCGCAUGUUCAAAAUUGUCAUAGUCUGUCGCUGGACGAAGGCGGUUGUCCAGACGGACAGCGUGCGCGAACGCCGCAAGAGCGGCUAUCGUACAUUGCUACUAGUGCAAUAUAA